AUGGAGCUUCUGGAGACUGUUGUGCAGUCCAUCGACGAGGGCGCGCUGCUCGGUGCUGGCGAGAGCCUUGAGCGCCUGAUCCCCCGACUUUGUGGUUUAGAGAAGGGGAAGGACAUCCUUGGAGGUAUGAUGCCCCUGCUGCAGUGGUGGCCUCGCUAUACUGCGCUGCUCUCCCUGGACUUCAAGCGAGACUGGCUUCUGGAGCAGUUGCAGCCAACCAGUGAGGAGCCUCCAGCACCUGUGCGACUGGAAGUGCAGCGGGAACAGCUGUUGGAGAGUCUUUGUACCGGGCUGAGACAAUAUUCUGCUGCCCUUUGCUACGGUAUUGAUGUGAGCUUUACCGAUGAGGAUGACAAAGAUGACGACAGGGAUGGUGACAAAGAUUGCGACAAAGAUUGUGACAAGGAUGACGAGAAUCAGGACGACGACGAGGAAAUGUGGGAGGAGAGGGAAGAUUUCAACCAGAGGGACGAAGCCAACCAGCGCUACGAAAGCGACCAGCGCGACGAAGGCAACCAGCGGGAAGAAGGCAACCAGCGCGAAGAGGGCAACCAGCGCCAGGAGUUCUUUCGUCUUGCUGCCGCCGAGUUCAUGAGACCAGAGCUGGGGCUCUUUGUCUCCAAGGACGGAUUCUCGGCUCAGCCAUGCUCAGGCAGUGCUAUGUCUUGGGAGUGGUGUUCGGAAGUGGCGGUUUAG